AGAACCCCUCAGGAAACCCCGUUACAUGCAGGGCGAGAAGCAGAGAUCGCGACGUUACGUGGUCGCCAUUUUGUGUCACCGGGAGAGUAGAAACCUAGCUGAACGGAACCGGCACCGGGCGCGGAGAUAUUUACCUUUACCGCCAUCUGGAGCACCUGAAACACGGCGGAGCAGCACCGUGCACCCGAGAUCAGCUUCGCAUGAUGUCUGGAGACAUGGCCACAGAUCAUGUAAAUGGGAACGGUACGGAGGGUACGGAGGGAACGGAGGAACCGAUGGACACUACAGUCGAGGUGACCCGCUCAGAACACUUCCCAGCUUUACUGGAGGCUGGUUUACCUCAAAAUGUGGCUGAGAAGCUAGAUGAACUUUACGUAGCAGGCCUAGUAGCACAUAGUGACCUAGACGAAAGGGCUAUUGAAGCUUUGAAAGAAUUCAAUGAGGAGGGAGCCCUGCAAGUGCUGGUCCAGUUCAAAGAGAGUGAUCUGUCACACGUGCAAAACAAAAGUGCCUUUCUCUGUGGGGUGAUGAAGACGUACAGGCAGAGGGAGAAACAAGGGACUAAAGUUUCAGACUCCACUAAAGGACCCGAUGAGGCUAAAAUCAAAGAACUCCUGGACAGAACCAACUACACCCUCGACGUCACAACGGGCCAGCGAAAGUAUGGCGGGCCCCCACCUGAUUCGGUGUACUCGGGUGCUCAACCCAACAUUGGAACAGAGAUAUUUGUCGGGAAGAUUCCCCGUGACUUGUUCGAAGACGAGCUGGUUCCUCUCUUUGAGAAGGCCGGGUCUAUCUGGGACCUGAGGCUAAUGAUGGACCCGCUGAGCGGCCUGAACAGGGGCUACGCCUUCGUCACGUUCUGCACUAAAGAAGCGGCCCAGGAGGCGGUGAAACUGUGCAAUAAUCAUGAGAUUCGCCCUGGCAAGCACAUCGGGGUGUGUAUAUCUGUCGCCAACAACAGGCUAUUCGUUGGCUCCAUUCCCAAGAGUAAAACAAAGGAGCAGAUUGUUGAAGAGUUUUCUAAAGUCACAGAGGGCCUCAGUGACGUCAUACUGUACCAUCAGCCCGAUGACAAAAAGAAGAACCGUGGCUUCUGCUUCUUGGAGUACGAAGACCACAAAACGGCAGCUCAGGCUCGCCGCCGGCUAAUGAGCGGCAAGGUGAAGGUUUGGGGCAACGUGGUGACGGUGGAGUGGGCCGAUCCCAUCGAAGAUCCGGACCCAGACGUCAUGGCCAAGGUGAAGGUUUUAUUUGUGAGAAAUCUUGCCAACGGUGUCACAGAGGAGCUCCUCGAGACGUCCUUCAGUGAGUUUGGGAAACUGGAGCGCGUUAAGAAGCUCAAAGACUACGCCUUCAUUCACUUUGAAGAGAGGGACGGUGCAGUGAAGGCGUUGGAUGAGAUGAAUGGGAAGGAGCUGGAGGGAGAGCCUAUUGAGAUUGUUUUUGCCAAACCACCAGAUCAGAAGAGGAAGGACCGCAAAGCACAGAGACUAGCAGCCAAAACAACAAUGUAUGAUGACUAUUACUACUAUCCUCCGCCUUCCCACAUGCCGCCUCCUGUCCGAGGCCGGGGCAGAGGCGGCAACCGGGGCGGCUAUGCUGCUUACCCCCCCGACUACUACGGUUAUGAGGAUUACUAUGACUACUAUGGCUAUGACUAUCACAACUACCGCGGCGGCUACGACGACCCCUACUACGGGUACGACGACUUCCAGGCCCCGAGCCGAGGACGGGGCGGCAGCAGGGGCUCCCGGGGCGGAUCCUCUCCAGCCAGGGGACGCGGCGGCGCCGGGGCACCUAGGGGCAGGGCCAGCUUCUCCCAGCGGGGCGGGCCCGGACCGGGCCGCGGCGGGCGGGGAGCAAGAGGAGGCUUGCCACCGAGAGGGCGAGGAGGGGUACGUGGUGCUCGGGGUGGCCGCGGUGGAAAUGUAGGAGGAAAGCGCAAAGCUGAUGGGUACAACCAGCCAGAUUCCAAGCGUCGCCAGACCAAUAAUCAGAACUGGGGCUCUCAACCCAUUGCUCAGCAACCGCUUCAAGGUGGUGAUCAUUCUGCAGGAAAAAGGGGUCGAGGCCGGUCCUGAUGAGUCGCUAUGAAGACUGGACCGGUGUCUGGCGUCACACACACACACUGCAGGCUGCCAGUGGAUGGAAUGGUAAGGUCAACUGACUCAGUGGUCCAAUGGUAUUCAAGCCUUUUUUUGUUUUUUUUAAGGAGCAGAUCUCCUGAAACUGCCAUGAUUGAAGAUAAUCAGAAGAGCAAAAGCUUGCUUUUUUAAAAAAAAAAAAUGUUAUUUAAGUUUAUAAUCCCCUCCCCCCCAGCCCUGAAUAUGCCAUUUGAGACUUACUGAGUAGGAGUUCAUGAUGGACGUCCUUCUGGAAAAGUCUUUGCACUUUCUUUUCUGUUUAAGUUUGGAGUGGUUUAGUGGAAUUUGAUGCUAAUUUGUUUUAGUUUCUUUGAGCUCUUAAACUACAUCUUUAUGGUGGACUAGACGUGAUAAUCUGUGAUUAUCAUAGACGGUGUUGAGGUGUGAUCACCUCGUCUUCAAGGUCGGGCAUUCCAGGAGAAUGGUUCUCUAAGAACCUGAACCACCAUGGGUCCGUUAACUACCUCAGUUUCGAGGACUCGCCCGUUUUGUCCCAUUUUGUACUUACUGAGGAAACUGAGGCAACCCCCCCACCCCUAAACUCCCACCCCUCAUCCACCUCAGAGAUAUGCACAGGCAACAACAACAGAGCACUUAAUGGAUUUUUAGCUCUCAGUUGAGACUUGAUGUAGGCUGCAGCUGCUGUAGGCGUGUUAGCUGCUCUUUCUGAAUUGAGCCUGAACGAGCCUUGCUGUCUUACGGCGGCGUAUCGGAGCCAUUGUAGGUACAAAAUAAUAGUUACGGAGCCGGGGGAAGUAGGGUAAUAUUCAGAGAAAACUCGAAAUUUCAGAGGUUAAAGUUGUAAAUGUACAAGCAGAAAAACGUGGAUGUACUGUGAUUUAUACAUUUGUUAAUUUACGUGAAAAGAAUCUUUAAUUAAAGUCACAAAUUUACGAGAAAAAAUAUUUGGAAAAAGUUUUUUUCUUUUUUUUUGUCGAGGAACCACAUCUCAAAUUCUCUGAGAUUAAAGCCAUAGAUUUACGAGAAAAAAAUGUAGUGUUCUGUAAUUAUGAAGUUGUUAAUUACAAGAUAAGACUCAAAUUCUCUGGGAUUUUUUAAAGUCACAAGUUUACGAGAAAAAAAUGGAAUAUUCUAAAAUUGUUAAUUCUUCGAGAAAAUACUCCGAAAUUCUAUGAAAUUAAAGUUACAAAUUUACAAGAGAAAAAAAUAUCUAAAACUUUUUUUUUUCAAGGAACUACAUCGUAAAUGCUCUGGGAUUAUAAAGUCACAAAUUUAUGAGGAAAUAAAUUUAAAAUUAGUGAAAUUAUUGAAAAAAAUUACUGAAAAAUUUACGAGAGAACUUGAAUAUUCUAUUAUUAUAAAGUCAUUCAUUACGAGAAAAGACUCAAAUUCUCAGAUUAAUUAAAUCACAAGUUUACGAGAAAUAAAUGUAAUAUUCUGUUAUGACAAAGUCGUUCAUUUACAAUAAAAGACUCAGAAAUUCUUUGAGAUUAAAGUCACAACUUUACGGGGAAGACACUUGAAUAUUCUGAUUAUUAAAUUGUUAAUUUUUGAGAAAAGACACAAAUUUGUGUGAUUUCUUUUUUUUUUUUUUACGUAAAUUUGGCUUUUUUUCUCAAAUUUAUGGCUUUAAAAUCUCAGAAUAUUCAAAUUUUCUCUCAGAAAUUUGUGUGCUUUUUCUCGUAAAUUUAUGACUAUAUUCUCGGAGAAUAUUCAAGUUUUAUUUUCUCGGAAAUUUGUUAAAUUUUUCUCGGAAAUUUUUCAACUUUAAUCUCAGAAAUUUGAGUUUUUUCCUCUGAAUAUUGCCCCCCUCCCUGGCUCUGUAAUUUUUUAUAUUAUUAUAAUUUUUAUUUUUUUUUUUACCUACAAUGGCCGUACGAUACGCCGCCGUACUGUCUUGAUUAAUGAACUGAGUGAUGAUGUAGUUUACAGACAGAAAUUGUUUUGUGACUGUUUUUUUUUUUUUUUUUUUUAAAUGGUAAAUGCCUGGAAACCAGUCAUCCUUUUGUCUUCCACGAUGAGAAAAUGUCUUCUUUUCUGUUCUUGUUUGUACCCAUCGAUGUCGAGAUGUCUGCAAAGUGAUGUCAGCGGUCAUUCAUGGAUGAUUUUUAUUUAGGCUCUCUGAGCAGGUCUGGAAGAAAAUUAGUUCAUUUCCAGGUCCUGAAAAGUUUCAAACUAAACAUGGCUUAGGAAAAAAAAAAACCAUUAUCAUCGCAAAAGCAUGAUUAUACAUUUCACAUUGUAUGUCACAGUUGACUGAUUAUCAUGCCAUUUAUGUGUGGUUGUGACAAAUUUUCUAGAGUAAACUGGUGUUAAUUCAUGUCUUUUCACUAUCAGUGUACACAUUAUUACUGGAAUUCAAACUGUUAAGAAUUUAAAGGAGCAAAUCCAUCCGAUUAUAGUUCGGCUUUUGGGGAAAAUAACCGGCCUCUUUUGUGAUGUACUUUGCAUUUUUUGGCACAUUUUGUUUUUAAAUUUUUCAGCGAAAUCCAUCUUAAUUGCUAAACAGUCAAUAGAAUUAGUAAAUGAUCGUUCCGGCGUUAUUCUGUAUUUUCCUUAUUGUCAACAAAUGUCAUGAAAAGACCAAAAUCAACACUGUUAGUAUGUCUCUCAAAACCUUCCGACAAAAUUCAGCUUGUUAAAAGUUACUUAUAAACAACUACAGCAGAAACACAAGUUCAGAAAAAGUACAUUGUCGUUGUUUGUAAAACAAAACAUAAUUAAAUACAUAGAUAUAAAUUUACUAAAUUGAUAUUUAUGAUUCAAAUAAUAAAUCAUACAUCAGCAACUUGGUAAAAUUUUACAAUUCAACUGUAAUUUAAUGCAGUAACAAUUUGGUCAAAACUUAAAACAGAAAUUAAAAUUCCACUAUAUAAUGUAUAUAGUAUGUAAAAACUGAAUUGAAUUGAAUAGAUCGUCCCCAUUCACACCGAUAACUGAUUCAGUUAUUUGAGUCAGUAUUGGCCCGAUAUGGUAUUGGUGCAUCCCUAGUAAAAAUCUGGUGUUAUUCUUUAUUUAUGUAAUUAGUUCCUACUGAAGACGUAAAUCUUCACAAAUGUAUAGUUUAAUUCCUAAAAAAACAGAGAUUAAAGUCAAAAAUUUAUGAGAGAAAAACUGUAAUAUUCUGUUAUUAUAAAGUCGUUAGUUUACAAGAAAGGACUCAAAUUCUCUGGGAUUAUUAAGUCACAAAUUUAGGAGAAAAAAAACUAAUAUUCUGUUUUAAUAAUGUUGUUAAUUAUACAAUUCAUAAUACAGUAUUGACCCGAUAUCCGAUCCGGUAUCGGUGCAUCCCUAGUAAAAAAUCCAGUGUUAGUUUUUAUUUAUGUAAUUGGUUCCUACUGAAGAUGUAAAUCUUAAAAAAACAAAACAACAACUCACAAAUAUGCAGUUUAAUUCCUAAAAAAAACCAGCUUUGAUCAAACAAACUGGAGGAUAUAGUGUUAGUAACAUUUGUUGGGGACUAUUUUCAGCGGUGGAUUAAUCUACAGGAAGAACAUGCACACAAUACUUGCUAGUUGAUACGUACGUUGGUGGAUUUUAGCUUUUUUAUGGGAUUUGUUGACAAGAAGAAAAAUGUUGAAUAUCACCAGAUUUUUCUUUUAAAUGAUGAAAGAUAUUUACAGUCAGGUUUUACACCAAUAUUCAGCAAAAACACUGAGGAAACCAAUUUGACGCACCCACGGGAUGUUUUAGCAUUAUUUAUACUGUAUAUAACCCUAACUCUUUUCUGGGGGUGGUGAAAGGCAUUCUGGGAAUUGUAGGAAAUCACAGAAUGAAUUAAUGUCACUUUUCGAAUGCAUUGUACGUCACUGACUUUUUAAAGCGUAUCUGUGGUUGGAUUUCUCCUUUAAGCUCUUUUUAAACAUCAUUAUAGUGUCGUAGUUUCUCUCUUUUUGUUUUUGCCUUUUUGUGACAGUUGCCAUGAAACGCCGUGUCUUUGAAUCUGUCUCAUGUUUUAGCGUUCUUCCAGUUCAGAAAGGAUUGUGCAGCUUGUUCUUUCUUUUUUUUCUUUUUUUUACCGGGUUUGUGAUAAAGAGCCAGAUUACUUUGUUUUGUUUUCAUACUAGUAUUGACUCUGUUGGAUCACCGAUUUUAAGGGUCAAGAAUGUUUUUUUUUGUUUUGCUAACAAGUGUGUUUGCAUUCUUGCAAAUGAAUUGUUUUAUACUGUACAGUGAGGUGAGUUAAACCUAUUUUUCUAAUAAAGUUAUUGACUUUGA